AUGGACGCGCGGGACGACGACCCAAACGACGCGGACGCCGCGGGGCUCCCGAACCGCCUCCUGCGCAAGGCGGAGACCGCGAUUCAGGGAAGGACGAGCCGCGUCCUCGUCGUCAUCGAGCGGUGCACGGACGAGCACAACUACAGCGCCGUCAUCCGCACCGCGGAGGCGCUCGGCGUGCAGCACGUCUGGCUCAUCGAUCCGGUGGACGUGGACCUGGACGCGGUCGGAUCUGACGACGACGACGGCGGCGGCGGCGACGACGGCGAGCGCGACGACGACGACGAGGAGGAGGAGGAGGAGGAGGAACGCGCCCAGAAGAAGAAGCCCGGGCGGCGGACGCGGCCGUGGAGCCGGACGAGGCACGGCGACGCCGCGCGCGACGCGCACAAGCUCUUCGCGCGACGCGCGAACGAGUUCACGACGAUCCGCGAGUUCGCCACGACCGCGGCGUGCGUCGCCGCGCUGAGAGAGGACGGGCGGACGAUAUGGGCGACGGACUUGAGCCAGCGCGCGGUGUGCCUCACCGAGUCCGCGCUGAGAGCGGCGCGAGGCGACGACGCGACGUCCGCGUCCGCGUCCGUCGUCCCGGAGAAGCUCGCCAUCGUCUUCGGCACCGAGUCCGUCGGCUGCACCGAGGAGAUCCUCGCCGCGGCUGACUUGAGGGUGUACCUGCCCCUCAGAGGCUUCGCGGACUCGCUCAACCUGAGCGUCGCCGCCGCGCUCGUGAUGCACGAGCUGUUCCGCCUGUGCCCGGAAGCGAUCGGCGCGAUGGACGAAGCCGAGCGCGCGUCGUUGAGAGAGGAUUGGUUCUCUCGUCUCGCCGCGCAGCGGAUCCGAACCCCGGACGAGGCGCGCGCGGCGAAGGAGAGGAAGCGCGCGCUGACGAAGGUGAGGCACAAGCUGAACAGGAACACGCCGCGCACGCCGGAGGUGGAGGCGCGGAUGGAGGCGCUGAGGGCGGAGGAGGCGAGGUUGAAGGAGGAGGAGGAGGACGCGACGGCGCGCGCGUUGGUGCGCGCCAAGGCGGCCGUCGCGCCGUUUCUCUCGCGUCCGCCCGCGACGCUGCGCGACAUGCGGCGGCCGGACGACCACAGGGAGGCGUUCGUGUGCCACAAGAUCAGGGCGAGGAAUAAGGAUAACUGGGCGGGGAUGCCCGCGGUGAAGGGGAGCGGAGGCGUCGUCGACGAGGCGUGGGGCGAGCUGGCGGGGCGGAAAAACACCGGGGAGCCCUAG